AUGGAAAAAAGAGGAAUAGGCAAUGAUACAGUUGCAUCAAAAUGAGCUGCACCGCUCCCCUGGUCUCAACACUUUUCUCUUCCUCGUGGAUAUUCUCUGCUUCCACCUCUUCCCAGCAGUCCUCCUCUUUGGAUGAAAAUCAUCUUCCUUAGCAGAUGCAGGAAAACAUAUAGGACCACUGUUCAUAUGCUAACGUCAGGGAGGGCCUAAGAGCUGUCGUCUCCACGUCAUGCUCCUGUUGCAAACGUAUGUCAAAGGCAGGUCUGGAUUUUUCUUUUUACUUUUUAAGGCUUUUCCUUGGUCUUUGCUGCUGUGGCUCUCCUUUCAGUACCAGGUGUAGCACAUCCCCACACCACAAACCAGAUGCUCUUUUGAGGCUCCAAGUAAAAAUAAAGAUGCUAGAUACAUAUUCACAGCUAAGAAAGCACUGAGGGAAGUAAGGACCUUUGCUAUCGCCCCUUUGCAGGGGCCAUGCAUUUUUCUCAGGAAAUAAAAGAGCCACCGGUGUUGAGUAAAUCUUCAUUUCUGCUGCCCUUCACUUCUCCAGCUGCAGCAGUGGAUCGCAAACAACUUGCAUCUGGUCCAGACAAGCCCAAGUGGAUGUUUAAGUAUCCCGAGAAGAGGGAUCUUCAUUUUAUCUCCUUAGGUGUUUGCCACGUGGGCUGGGGCAAGUCCAGCCCUCUCCUGGUUCAAAGGGUCUCCUCCCUCUUGGCUCCUGGCAGGAGGCUGCGUGCCUCCUUUCAUGACUGCCUGCCACUCUGCAGUUUGGCCCCUCUCCUUUCCCCACCUCCUCCUCCUGCAACCUGGUUUCUCUGCCUCUCUCCUUCCCUCCGAGCUCAGCCCCUCUCGCCUGCCUGUGUUCCCGAGCUCUGCCCCCUCCAGCUGGAGACUCGGGUUUAUCUGGAGGCAGAGGGGACUCAUUUGGGAGCUGAGAUCCAGGAGGUGAAGGAAGGAGCUGCUGAAACCAAGAGAAGAGAAAGGGUUUAGGAGCUACGAAGGGACAGAGCCUGGAGACCAUGGCUGGAUUCUCAGUUCUGGGGCUGCUCUUUCUUUUUCAGCUAUUAGCCACAUCCUCAGCUCAGAGAGCAGGACCACGAGGCCCUCCUGGACCAAAAGGACUCCCUGGACCACCUGGCAAGGACGGCAUCGAUGGAGAACCUGGCCCACCUGGUUUGCCUGGCCCAACAGGACCUAAAGGUGCACCAGGGAAGCCUGGAAAGCGUGGAGAUGCCGGGUUACCUGGCCUUCCUGGAGUAGAUGGUUUAACAGGAGCUGAUGGCCCACCUGGCUCAAAUGGGCCCCCAGGAGACAGAGGCGCUUUGGGACCUGCAGGGCCCCCUGGAUCAGCUGCCAGAGGAUUGCCAGGACCUCCAGGGCCUCCAGGACCCAGUGGACUCCCAGGUGGAAAUGGAUUUCAGGGGUCCCCUGGACCAUCUGGUCUUCCAGGACUGCCGGGACCAGCAGGGCCACCAGGACCUCCGGGGCUGCCCGGGGCUCUCCCGGAUGGUGGUGGAGACCUUCAGUGCCCAGCUCUGUGUCCCCCAGGGCCUCCCGGUCCCCCAGGGAUGCCAGGAUUCAAGGGGCAUACAGGUCACAAAGGGGAGCCUGGAGAAAUGGGGAAAGAUGGUGAGAAGGGAUCUCCUGGCCCUCCAGGUCCUCCAGGUAUUCCAGGCACCGUUGGCCUGCAGGGGCCGAGAGGGUUAAGAGGCCUCGCAGGGCCAGUGGGUCCAGUUGGGGACAGGGGAGAUAUUGGUUUCCGGGGGCCACCAGGAAUGCCAGGACCUCCAGGGAAAGCUGGAGACCGAGGAGUAAGAGGGCCUCAAGGAUUUCGCGGGCCUAAAGGGGAUACCGGUAGACCUGGACCAAAGGGAACGUCAGGAACCCAGGGACCCAUAGGAGAACCUGGUAUACCUGGGAAAGAUGGUCGAGAUGGAAGUCUCGGACUCGAUGGUGAGAAGGGUGAUACUGCCCGCAUGGGAGUGCCUGGAGAGAAGGGGCCAAAUGGACUUCCCGGAUUACCUGGAAAAGCAGGUAUCAAAGGCGCAAAGGGUGAGCCAGGUAGCCCUGGAGAAAUGGGAGAGGCGGGUCCGUCUGGCGAGCCAGGUAUCCCUGGUGAUCCCGGCAUCCCUGGAGAGAGAGGCGAGUCUGGACCGCGAGGAUCAUCUGGAGCACUUGGCCUUCAAGGCCCAAUGGGAGCCCCAGGUAUCAGAGGCUUUCAGGGACCCAAAGGUGCCAGUGGGGAACCCGGACUUCCUGGCCCGACUGGGAUCCGUGGCGAGUCUGGUGAGAGGGGCGCUACAGGAGUUUCUGGCCCCAAAGGGAACCAGGGCUUUGCAGGAGCGGAUGGCCUGCCUGGUGACAAAGGAGAACUGGGUCCUUUUGGUCCCCGGGGGCAAAAAGGAGAGGCAGGCGAAAGAGGGGAGGUGGGUCCUAAAGGUAUUCAAGGACCCAAUGGAACUGCCGGCGUGCCAGGGAUCCCAGGCCAUCCAGGACCUAUAGGCCACCAGGGAGAGCAAGGUGUCCCCGGCAUCCUAGGAAAACACGGCCCUCCCGGAAAAGAAGCCAGCGAGCAACAUAUAAGAGAGCUCUGUUCGGAAAUGAUAAACGAACAAAUCGCACAGUUAGCUGCUAAUCUGAGAAAGCCUUUGGCUCCUGGGAUGAUGGGUCGGCCUGGCCCUGCUGGUCCCCCAGGUCCUCCUGGGUCAACAGGAAAAGUUGGUCAUCCCGGUGCUCGUGGUCCGCCUGGAUUUAGAGGGCCAACAGGGGAACUUGGAGAUCCUGGACCAAGGGGUGACCCUGGUGAAAGGGGAGACAAAGGAGCUACUGGCCAAGGCAUCGAUGGGCCUGAUGGAGAUCAAGGACUUCAAGGACCACCCGGUGUUUCAGGAAUCAGUAAAGAUGGUCGGGAUGGUGCUCAAGGAGACCCCGGUCUCCCAGGGGAUCCUGGAGUGCCUGGUGCAAUCGGGGCUCAAGGGACUCCAGGAAUAUGCGAUACGUCAGCCUGCAUGGGAGCUGUUGGAGCAUCGACUUCCAAAAAGUCAUAAACCAGCAUUGAAAGAAGUGGAGAAGUGACUGAAUAUUUAAGUAAACAGUGCAUUGUAUGAAGCCAGAGAGGAGCCUCCUAGUGAUAAAUGGACAGAGGUUCCUUCUAGUAAAAUGAAUAAAGUGGAGACUUUGCCACAGUAUUUCAGUUCUGUGAAAAAAAAAGAAAGCAUCACGUAAAAAUCUUUACUAGGAAGGUAUUAAAGAAGUAUUUCCCCCAGUUAUUAUCUAGAAUGUUUAUGGCAAAACCACCUCAACCUUUCUUGUCGCCCUUUGUUGGACAGACCUGCAGGAGAAAGCGCUGUUCCUUUUACCAUCAUCUCCCUCAUUGUACUAAAGCUUGUGGCAAUUUUGAGUGAAGGCUUGAGCCAGUGCUCAUUGCUUUCGGUGGUGCUGCUCCCAUUGACUUCAGUAGUGCAGGGUACAGCAAUAAGACCCUGAUUCUCAAAGAUACUUGGGUACCUACCUCCUACUGAGAUCUAUAGGAGACUGAGAGCUUGAGUACCUUGGAAGACUUGGGUCUAAGCGAAGAUCAUUGCCCAUGUAUAUCCGUUGUCCACCGUGACAUCAGACCAUACCUCAAUCAUUUGCCAUGGCUAGUAAAUAUUAAACUUCUUGCAGUCUAUGCCUGCAAGGGGUGUAAUGUAUAUAUUAUAAUUUUACAAGGGAGAUUUUCUGUAUAUUUCCAUGUUAUAAUAAAGGAUAUUCAGUAACAGCAUUUUCAUGACCUCUACUUCAGCUAUUUGCACAGCAUUUGUGAAAGAAAUCCCAAGAGAAAAAAAGGAUGCUCUUCUAAAGGCAAGCCAAAAUUACUGUAUGAACUGUUGUAAAAAUAAAAGGAUUUUUUUUAACCUUU